UGUAAACUGUUGUCUCAAGCAACUCCAAGUGUGACAAGGAAGCAGGAGAUGCUAUAUAAGUACAACAUACAGUUAUUAUAAAGACAGAUGAUGUCCUUCAGUUCUGUCUCUCUUUCAGCUUCAUGUUACAUUUAAUAUAUAUAUAUUUCAAGUGAUUGUUUCUGUUGUAUUUAAAAAAGCAAUGGAAAUGUACGUGGACAUGAUGAAGAUAUGGAGAAAUAAAUCAUCACAUAUGUUUGACAUGCAGACAGUCAGUUUGAAGUUCAUUAUUGUUAUUAUUUGGCUUAUUACAGGUGAUGAGUGUAGGGCAAUAACUGUUCAGACUGGUGGAUCUGUUAUUAUUCCAUGUCAUUAUGAAAGUAAAUACAACCAACACAAGAAAUACUGCUGCUAUCAUUCAUCGGGAUUAUACCAUUCCUGCUCUAUUCUGGCAUAUGCAAAUGAAACCAAAGGAGACGUGUCGGUAAUUGAUAAUCCUGAUCAGAGUUUAUUUACUGUCACUAUGAGAAACCUGCAGGAUCAAAACACUGGAGCUUACUGGUGUGCUGUGGAAAUUAAAGGAGGCUUGGAUGUGGUAGAGAAGUUGAAUCUUACAAUUCAAUCAGUUCCUGAUGUCUCUGUGAUGCCCAGCAAUGUAAGUGUAGAUGAAGGUGGUAAUAUCAGGGUUCAGUGUCUCUACACUUCAACAUAUAAGAAUAAAACCAAACAGUGGUGUAGAUAUAAAGACAAGAGAUGUUACACAGUGGGAAGAUCUGGCACAUCCGAGUAUUCAGUUGAGAUCAGUGAUGAUGGGAGAGGAUCUUUGACUGUGGUGAUGUUUGGACUGAUGAAGAGUGAAUCUGGCUGGUAUUACUGUUCUCUAGGAGAUCUACAGGCUCCUGUUCAACUCAUAUUCACUGUUGCUAAAGUCUCUGUAGAAGGUGCACAGGUUACUGUUAUAUACAGUGUUGCAGGAACCACAACAGGAGUGACCACAGACAGCAGCUCAAGAAAGUUUGAUGAUCUGAAGAUAUGGCUUCUACCCAUUGUUCUGCUUCUGCUGCUGAUUCUGGUUACUGUGACAUCUGUAAUACUGAGAAACAAACACAGGGAAAAUAACAAUCACAUCUCAAAUGUGAAAAGAGACAAAGCCAGUGAUAAAGAUGACUUGGUUAAUUCAACCUCAGUGAAUCCUGAAUGUGAUGUGACGUACAGUUCUGUCAUUAAACUUGCCAAGACUGAAGCAUGUGGACCUGCAGAUGUAGAGGAAAAUGUGAUCUACAGCUCUGUACGUGGAUAG